UGAGAUUCAUUAAAAACAGGACAGGAAAAAGCAUCUUCACCUAGAAAAUAAACAACACACAUGCACUGAAUGCACACUUUUCAUCUCUGAAGAAAACCAACCACAGCAGGUUUCAGUUUGACUCAGAAGAUGAGCUGAUAGAGUCACAAUGAGAGAUGGCAGACAUUUUUACCUAUUUUUCAGACUUUUUGCAUUGAAGACAAUGUUUCCCAUGAUUGCUCUGUUCUGUUUGUGCUGGUGGAAUUUGACUGGUGUGUUUGGUGAUUCAGUGUCAGUGAUGGAGGGAGAUUCUGUCACUCUAAACACUGAUUUUACUGAAAUACAUGAAGAAGAUGACAUACUGUGGAAAUAUGGAGCUGAAAACUCUCUCAUAGCUAAAAUGAAGAAAAAGAACCAAAUCUUCCACACAUAUAAUGUUACUGAUGGGAGAUUCAGAGACAGACUGAAGCUGGACGAUCAAACUGGAUCUCUGACCAUCACAAACAUCACAACUGAACAUGCUGGAGUUUAUCAACUAGAUAUAAGUGGAGCGAAAAAAUCAUCAAAAACAUUCAGUGUUUCUGUCUAUGCUCGUCUGCCUGUUCCUGUCAUCAUCAGUAACUCUUCACAGUGUUCUUCAUCAUCAUCAUCAAAUUGUUCAUUGUUGUGUUCAGCUGUGAAUGUGAGUCAUGUGACUCUCUCCUGGUACAAAGGAAACAGUUUAUUGUCCAGCAUCAGUGUGUCUGAUCUCAGCAUCAGUCUCUCUCUACCUCUGGAGGUGGAAUAUCAGGAUAACAACACCUACAGCUGUGUGCUGAACAAUCCCAUCAGCAACCAGACUCAACAUCUGGACAUCACUCAACUCUGUCACACAUGUGCAGUUCCUCCAGUCUCAGUCUCUCUGAUAGUGUUGAUCUGUGCUGGAUCUCUGUUGUUUGUAGCUGCUGUCAUCGGGAUCUUCUGCAUCUACAGGAAACAUAGGAAAACAGACAAAGAAGUUGAGACUUGUGAGGAAGAGAUCACUUAUGCUGAAACAACGUUCAACAAAAGAAACUCACAAGAACUGAAAGUUGAAGAGGAGGGUCAUGUGGAAUAUGCACCAAUCACAAUAAGAUGAUGAUCAAACUUCAGUCUUUUUCAGAGUACAAGACCAACAAGACAAGAGACUCUACUGUGGUCUCAUUUAUUUACGUCUGCACGCAAAUGUGGUUUGAUCUGUUGGACAGGCAGCUUGUGCAUGAGAAUGUUUCUACUGCUAGAAGUUUGUUUGAUGUCUGUUUGUGAUCUUAUCGAGGUGUGAAAAGUGCGUCCGUGAGAAAAGCAUGCAGUUUUUUCCAUUCCUGCUCACAUGAAACCACUUCACUUUUGUUCUAUACAAAACCUACAUUUUUAUUUCUAACUUAAGCACUAAAUAUAAACUGUGCACACUGUGUAAACACUAAACAUUAUUGUGACAGUUCCUGUUUUGUCUGUUACUACAGUUAACAAGGAAUAAAAUACAUCAAUAUACUAGACGAGUAAAGUUUGUAAACAAACAUUAAGGUUGGCUUGAAAAAGCCUUGUCUGAAAGUUUGAAAUAACUUUGAGAAGCUUAAAGUUUGAAUUGAAUUUUUGAAAUUGAAGUUUGGGACAGAGAAGGAAAACACACACAUUUCUAGCAUGAUUUAUCACAUUGUUAGCAUGUUUAACAUGUUGCUAGCAUGAUUUAGGCCAGUAAGAGAUGAUCCGCUGAUCUCAAGAGGCACUCUUGUCCCUACUUGGCCACGUCACAUCACUUUCACUUUCUUGAUUUAAAGAGGUCAUGAAGUGGAUUUUUUAAAAUUAUUUUAUGAUGUUUCCUGAGGUGCACUUAUAAUGUUAGCAUGAUUUUUACAUCUUAAAUUGUCAUAAUUUAGAAAUAAAAGGCAUUUUUCUAUCCUGA